AUGGACGGCGGCGAUGUGGCCGGGAAGGGGGAACGAAAAUCCCCGUCCCCGGGCAGUGGAAGUGGCCGUUUUGUUUUUUUAGGUCUUUUUUUUGCGCCCAUCUAUCUUGCCAAUUGGGAGGCUGGGGACGGAAGGAUGGGUUCUUUCGAGCCCGCCCAGAAGAAGGCGCGCUCGGAUGUGGAUCUUUCCUCGCUCUCCUUCCAAAUUCACCAUCAAUCCCCGCCGCAGCCAUCGUCGAUCGCGCAGCAGCAGCAAACUUCGCCGAUCGCGCAGACCGUCCAGCAACAGCAGCAGCAACAACAAUGCCAGCAGCAAAACGGGGAUUUCGAGUGCCGGCGAUACACAACGCCAGAGGGAUGCCCCUAUGGCAGCAAAUGCCGAUUCAAGCACGGGCCACUUGAUGACCGGGAUUUGACGCAGCAGACCUCAGCACUGGGGAGCAAGACGAAACCAUGUACGAAAUUCUUCAGUACCUCUGGAUGCCCGUACGGCGAAGGGUGCCACUUCCUCCACUACGUCCCCGGCGGCAUCAACUCCCUCCAGGUCCAGGCAGCCAACGGCACCGCGGCGCUCUCCUCCGCCGCCCCGGGCGGCGCGCCAGGAACAGCCGGAUCGACCGCCGCCAGCCCAGCAUCCACCACGCCUGGCGGCGGAGUAGCGGCGGUAACAGCGGCGGCGGCGGUGGUCGCCGACCCCUCCCAGACCGUCAAUGGCUACAAGACCCGCCUGUGCAACCGCUACAACACGCCAGAGGGCUGCCGGUUUGGCGAGAAGUGCCACUUUGCGCAUGGCGAGGCCGACCUCCGCCCCUCCAACCCCCGCCCCUCGCCCGCCACUGUCAUCCACCUCCAGAACGGUGCCACCGCCGGAAUAGGCGGCGCUGCCGCGCUCAUCAACGGCACCACCGUCUUCUCCAGCAACCCGGUGGCCACCUCGGUGUACUACGGCGAGCCGACGCCACCCGGCGUCCCCGCCGCCACCACCUUUGGCAGCAUCUCGGUCACCCGGAUGAGCAUCGAGGCGGCAUACGCGGGGGCCAUCAUCGGCAAGGCCGGCGCCAACGUGAAGCAGAUCAGCAAGGUGACGGGCUGCAAGGUGUCCAUCCGCGACCACGAGACCGACCCCAACAUGAGGAACGUCGAGAUGGAGGGGUCGCUGGAGCAGAUCGAGAGCGCGAGCGAGAUGGUGCGGCAGCUGCUCCAGACGAGAGAGGUGGCGCCGCCGCGGGGGCCAGCGCUGGGGUCGCACAACUUCAAGACCAAGCUGUGCGAGAACUACUCGUCCGGGACGUGCACGUUUGCAGAGCGGUGUCACUUUGCGCACGGCACGCAGGAGCUCCGGCCUAUCAUCAGAUGA